AUGCCGUCAUCGUCGUCGUCGCUGACGGCGCCGCCAAAGCUGCCGGAGAUGUGGCCACAGUCACAGGAGCAGCUGCUGCCGCUGCUGGACAUCCCCGACGGCGUCACAGCGUGGGACGCCGCCGCUCUCGAGGAGGAGCGACGUGAGCGCAACGCCGAUGGACACGCCGAGCGUCUGAUGCGGACCAUCAACGUACUUGGGAUGCGCAGCAAGCAGGCACAGGGACUGAACGCCGUCCUUACAUCGGUCGCACGACUGCGAGAGAACAGGGGGGCACGCCUCUAUCUUGCCUGCCACGAGGGUCGUGGCGUUGGCAUCCUCAAGGUGGGUGUGAAGAAGCUCUUCGUGACGCACCCCAAGUACAAGGCGCUAGUGGAGCUUGACCCGCUGUGUGUUCUCGACUUCUUUGUUGACACAAGUUGCCAGCGACGGGGGUUUGGAAAAUCGCUUUUUGAUUUCAUGGUAGCAAAUGAGCAUCUCACGCCGGGGGAGAUCGCGAUUGACCGCCCGAGCACCAAAUUCCUCGCAUUCCUCCAGAAACACUACGGCUUGGUGGAGUACACACCACAGUCGAAUAAUUUUGUGGUGUUUCACAGGUACUUCGAAGGCAAGCAUCCGCAGCGUGGGAGAGACGGCAGAGGUGGCGGUGCGUGGCCCUCCGCCUCUUCCGUGGGGCAGCAGAACAGCCGAAGGUCCUACCCCGGCUACAACGGCGUGAAGGGCAGCAGUGAUUGUUGGCCUGAACCCAAUAUUUCUCGCGUCCAGCCGUUGCCCUUGCAGCAUGCACAGCAAGGGCCACCGUCUUUGCAGCAGACACCACAACGCAAAACGGCGUAUGAGUUGCAGUACGAGGAGUAUAUGCGACAACAGACAAAUCCAACGCCGGGAAGGAACGUGCCAGUACUGCCCGGCCACAAACCAAUGCCCUCCGCGGAGCUCUAUGCGGCGGAGCAUGGCGCGAAACGCCGUUUGUCGCCCACACGCAGCGGGGUGCCGUACAACAUCAUUAGCGGAGCCCCGGGGAAAUGA